CCUGUGCCCGUCGGCAGACGACCGUGCUCGUGUAGAACGUGCCACUGCUCGCCUACGCCAGACGGACCGCAAGCCGUCGGAAGAUGCUCCAGCAGAGCCCGCAUCUUCGAAUUGGGAAGAUCUGUACGAUGAUCAGGAGCUGGAUGAUUUGACGUCUGGGUGGUAUGGAGUUGCACUCUCCAUCCGCAGGUCAGGAAAGAUUGACUAAGACCAAGCGUACCUGUUGUCGAAGAUAGCAACUUGUACUAUGAAACAACUUUUCGUUCUUUCAUUCUUCUGAUGAACUACUAACUGACCACAG